AUGGGAGUGUCUGCUGUUAACAAAGUUUUAUACUUUGAUGCAGAUAAGGUGUCAAUGAUGGUGUCAAAGGUGUGGUCGGCUGUGGGUUUUGUUGCUCACCAAAGAUUAUGCGCCGAUUACUUUGCUGACGAGCAGUUGUACUCGGAGGCUAUUUUUAGACGACAUUUCAGAAUGAGUCGUCGACUUUUCUUACGUAUAGCCAACGAUUUAGCCGCUUAUGACCCGUUUUUUACCUUGCGACCCGAUGCUAGAGGCAAAAUGGGCUUCACCACCUUACAGAAAUGCACUGCGGCGAUUCGUCAACUAGCUUAUGGGAUGGCAGCCCAUGCUUGGGACGAAUACUUAAAGAUGUCCGAAAGAACUUCUAGAGAAUGUUUAUACAAGUUUUGCAAAUUUGUGGUGAGGCUCUACAGCCAAAAAUAUUUGCGAAAACCGAAUUACAAUGACGUCCAAAAUUUGUAUCAACACCACCAAGCAAGACACGGUUUUCUAGGCAUGCUCGGGAGCAUUGAUUGCAUGCAUUGGCCCUGGCGGAAUUGUCCUACCGCUUGGCGAGGAAUGAUCGGUCCUGAUACGAGGUUUACGGUUUCGGGAGUGGAGUACAGACGCGGGUAUUAUCUUGCCGAUGGAAUAUACCCACAGUACUCUACAAUUGUUAAAACGGUUAGGCAUCCUCCAGAUGAAAAAAGAAAGAAAUUUGCCAAGUUUCAAGAAGCGGCUAGAAAAGAUAUUGAACGGUGUUUUGGGGUUUUCCAACAAAGAUGGCAUAUUAUUGAAAACUCAGCACGCGCUUUUACACCAAAAACGUUACGAUACUGUAUGUAUGCUUGUAUUCUGCUGCAUAACAUGAUCCUCGAAGACGAAGGACAUGCAAUUUGUGAGUAUGACGAGAAUGCGGUGGAGCAGAAUAAUAUUUCGGUUAGCGGAGAACAACAAGAUUUAAAUAGGUUCUCGUUACAUAACGAUUUCACACAUGCCAAUCUUCAAUCUGACUUGAUCGAACACUUUUGGAAUCUCAGAGAAAACAACGAGUAG